AUGUGGUUCCUGGUCCUGUGCCUUGCCCUGUCCCUGGCGGGGACUGGCGCUGCACCCCCCAUCCAGUCUCGGAUCGUAGGCGGCUGGGACUGUGAGAAGCAUUCCCAGCCCUGGCAGGCGGCCCUGUACCACUACAGCAGCUUCCAGUGUGGGGGUGUCCUGGUGCACCCCCAGUGGGUGCUCACAGCUGCCCACUGCAUCAGCGACAAUUACCAGCUCUGGCUGGGCCGCCACAGCCUGUUUGAGCAGGAAGACACAGCGCAGUUUGUUCGGGUCAAUGAGAGCUUCCCACAUCCUCAGUUCAACCUGAGCCUUCUGAAGAACCACACCAUCCGUCCGGAGGAAGACUACAGCUACGACCUCAUGCUGCUCCACCUGGAAGAGCCUGCCCAGAUCACGGACGCCGUGAAGGUCCUGGACCUGCCCACCCAGGAACCCCAGCUAGGCAGCAUCUGCUAUGCUUCUGGCUGGGGCAGCAUCGAACCAGAUAAGUUUGACUUCCCAGACGAGCUCCAUUGUGUGGACCUUGAACUGCUGUCCAACGAUCUGUGUGCCAAAGCCCACCCCCAGAAGGUGACGGACCUCAUGUUGUGUGCUGGACACUUGGAGGGUGGCAAGGACACCUGUGUGGGUGACUCGGGGGGCCCGCUGAUCUGCGAUGGUGUGCUGCAGGGAAUCACGUCGUGGGGCCACACCCCGUGUGGCCAACGCAACAGGCCCGGCGUCUUCGUUAAACUGCUGGCCUUCGUGGAUUGGGUCAAGGAGACCAUGGCGGCCAACUCCUGA